CCGCCUUUGUUUUGAAAGGCAUGACACCGGAAGCGGAUGUGCAGUACGGAACUAGUUUAGUGACGCACAGUCCGCCAUGUAGAACACUAAUGUGAGCGUAUCGUUUACACGGAAGAAAGGCGGGCGUCAUGCUCCAAGUACAACUUACUUGCUGAAGUUACUAUUUACUGCAAACAAAUAAAUGCGCCUCGAACCGGCGGACACGGCGAGUUGAGCUCAGCGUCCGACCGAAGCAACAUGGAGGCGAGGUUCGGCAGCGAAGUGGCGUCCGUUGUGGAAGUCGCCAUCCAGGCGACCGUUUCCGUCUUCAGGGCUUUCUGGGCGAAAGAAGCGCCAAACGCGGCGUGGGAAGAGGCGACGUUGGGCGACAUCCGGGAGAUAGAAAAGUGCCUGGUGGCUCAGAUCCGCAAAGCGUUCGCGGAGCUGUUCGAGGAGAACGAGGCUCUGCGGGCCAAGGUGGAGCAGCUGGAGGACGUGCUGCAGAGGAAAGCCGGGCAGCUGGAGCAGGAGCUGGAGGCCAGAGUGGGCCAGCUCGGCCGGGAGAUGGAGCAGCUGGAGAAGGAGCUGAAGAGCAUCGGGGACGGCGGCAACAAGACGCAGGGGGGCCCGACUCAGGUCGCGGUGCAGGGCUGCUCGCUGAUCGGUCAGUGCCCCGUCGAUCACUGUGUCGGUCACGUGGCUCGUCAUUCAGUUACAUUGAGUUCAGGAGCGCCGCUGUUGUCAGUCCCCACUUGCCCUGCCGCCCCUCUGGACGAUGCGAAGGAAUCCGCGCCUCACCCGGUGACUACGGGGAGCCCUGAAGCCGCCCCCGACUGCACAGCUGGACCAGGGACGGCCCCGGCGGCGUUUGACGCCAACGAGGGCCCCGCUCCGGAGGAGCCGCUGGUGGGUGUCGGCCAAGUCGACGCCCAGUCCCCCGUGUCUGAGUGGACGCCUCUAGGUGGCCCGAGUCCGGACUCCAGCGGCGGUGACUCGGCACAGAAAUCUGUAGAAGAGGCACCUUCAGGGAGACCGAGGAGGACCAGGAGAACAACUUUUAAAAUUGAUGAUGCUUCCACUGACAUCGCUAAAGACAAACCAGUCCAGACAGGUGGCGUGCCGGGAAGGAGGCCGAACAGAAAGGACUCGCAGACAGCGAAGCGAUUCUCCUGCGAGCACUGCGACGCCACCUUCCACUGGAAGGGCGAUCUGAAGAAACACACGAAGGUCCACAAGAAGCCUUUCCCUUGUGACAAGUGCGGCCGAAGUUUUCUGGAGAAGAAAUCCCUGGAAAACCACCUCCCGCGCCACGAGGCGAGCAAAGCGCCGCUUCCCUUCCCGUGUCCCCAGUGCAAGAGGUCUUUCCGGAAGGAGCAGUCGCUUCAGAACCACCUCAAGCGCCACCAGCGGGCCAAGCCGCCAAAGCCGUUCGCCUGCGACCAGUGCGGCAAGACGUUCCGGAUCGAGCGCUCCCUGGAAAACCACCUCCUGCGCCACGAGAAAUGGAAGCAGAUGUUCCAGUGCCAGCUCUGCGACAAGACCUGCAGGACGUCCGUCCAGCUGAGGUGCCACAUGGCCGUGCACUCGGAAGAGCGGCCGUUCAGCUGCGCCACGUGCGGCAAGGAGUUCAAGAGCAAGGACACGCUGCGCUUCCACCAGAUCGUCCACUCCAAAUCCAAGAAGUACAAGUGCGGCAUGUGCGAAGAGACGUUCAAGUACGCCCACUCUCUGACCGUGCACAAGAGGAAGCACACGGGCAUCACGCCGUUCACGUGCGCCGUGUGCAACCGGUCGUACAGGACCGGCACGGCUCUGAAGAGGCACAGCGUGGUGCACACGGGGGAGAAACCGUUCACCUGUCACAUCUGCGGCGCCCGCUUCAGCCUGAACAACAACCUCAAGCGUCACCUGCGCAUCCACACGGGCGAGAAGCCCUUCGCCUGCCAGGAGUGCGGCAAGAGCUUCUCGGACAACACCAAGCUGAAGUCCCACAUGCUCAUCCACGGCGCCAGGAAGCCCUUCAUGUGCGACCUGUGCGGGAAGACCUUCCUCUUUAACUGCCGGCUGCUGAUCCACCAGAAGUAUGUGCACGCGGACCGGAACGACGAUGGGACGGACGGCACGCAGCGCCUCUUUCAGACCAGGAAGAGGAACAAGUCGCUGGUGAAGCCGUUCAGCUGCAAGAUCUGCCUGAGGGGCUUCAGCGCCGCAUGCUCCCUCAAGCUCCACGAGAGGGGCCACAGCGAGCACAAGGAGUUCAACUGCGGCAUCUGCGGGAAGUCGUUCCACAACAAGUACUCGUUCGGCUACCACCAGCGCAGCCACGCGGGGGAGAAGCCCUUUGUGUGCGACGUGUGCGGCAAGAGGUUCUUCCACGCCGGCAGCCUGAAGCAGCACGAACGCAUCCACACGGGAGAGAAGCCGUACAAGUGCGACCAGUGCGGCAAGGCCUUCCGAACGGACGGGAACUUCUACAGGCACGUGCGCAUCCACACAGGCGAGAAGCAGUUUGAGUGCUUGUACUGCCACAGGAAGUUCCACCAGUCAAACCAGCUGAAGUCGCACAUGCAGAUCCACACGGGGGAGAAGCUGUACUCGUGCCAGCAGUGUUCCCGGGGUUUCUCGGACUCGAGGCAGCUAAAGAAGCACAGCUGCGACGGGCCGAGUCUGAAGGCCGAGGCGGGCCGGCUGGAGAGCGAGCUGAAGGUCACGACCGAAAGCUUUGAAAAUGCCAGAAUGUGGAGGGAAAACGUCCUCAGCGGCUGCCCCGUCCUGUUCGAGCAGACCGGCUUGAUCUACACCUUGAAGCCGUUCGGGACGUUGAAGAGAAAGGCGGAUAAAUUGGCGGAGGGAGUCACAGAAACAGCGGCCGCUGCUGAGCUGGAGAAUGGACACGAUGCUGAUGUUGGACAGCAAACCGAGGAGGUGAACUCUGAAGCUCGACCAGAAAAUGCAGAUGAUUACAUCGCAACACACGCGGCAGGAUCCAGCGACCCUGACAGCCGGAACGCAACGGAGGUGGCGGCCGAGAGGAAAGCGGAGUCUUUCGUGUGCGGAGUCUGCCACAAGAGCUUCAACCGGCGGCUCCAUUUGACGAAGCACGGCAACACUCACCGGGAGCAGAGGCCCUUCUCCUGCGACCAGUGUCCCCGAAAGUUCCGGAGCGCGGCGACCCUCGAGCACCACCUGCUGCGCCACGAGGAGAGGAAGUACGCCGCCUUCUGCUGCCGCCUCUGUGACAAGACGUUCAAAACCAAGAUGCACCUGAAGACGCACCAGCUGGUCCACACGGACGUCCGGUCCUUCGCGUGCGCCGCCUGCGGGAAGGCCUUCAAAACCAAACACGCGCUGGGGGCCCACCAGGUCGUGCACACCGCCGAGCGCCCGCACAAGUGCGCCGAGUGCGGGGAGAGUUUCCGCUACGCGUUCACGCUGCAGUGCCACAGGAGCGUCCACACGGGGGAGAACCCUUACGAGUGUGCGCUGUGCGGCAAAGCCUUCAGCAGGAGGAGGUCGCUCCGGACGCACCAGUCCGUCCACCGGGGGAAAGCGUUCACGUGCGAGACGUGCGGAGCGGGCUUCACCCUGCAGCACAACCUGAAGAGGCACAUGCGCAUCCACACUGGCGAGAAACCCUUCAAGUGCGACGUGUGCGGGGAGAGCUUCGUCCAGAACAAGCUGAAGGCGCACAUGCUCCUUCACGGCGCCGCCAAGUCCUUCAUGUGCGACGUGUGUGGCAAGACGUUCCUCUACAACGGCCAGCUGCAGAGGCACCAGAAAGUCGCCCACGACGAGAGUCGAGGCCAAGUGGUCCGAAGGCAAAUCCGAGGAAACCGGCGCGUCAUCUUCCGGCGGGACAAAACCACGGUGGACAUGACGCCGUUCAGCUGCCGGAUAUGCGGCAAGGGCUUCGACGCGGCGGCCUCGCUGAGGAAACACGAGCUCAUCCACGAGGGGCGGACGCAGUACAGCUGCGAGGCGUGCGGCAAGUGCUUCUUCUACAAAGCCACGUACGACUACCACCGGCGGAUCCACUCGGGGGAGCGUCCGUUCGGCUGCGAAGUGUGCGGGAAGCGGUUCAUCAUCCGCCAGGCCCUCAAGUCGCACAAGCUGCAGCACUCCGGGGAGAAGCCGCACGGGUGCGAGCACUGCGGGAAAGCGUUCCGGAUUUACACAAACUACCUGAGGCACCUGCGGGUCCACACGGGGGAGAAGCCCUACGAGUGCGAGGUCUGCCAGGCGAGGUUCAGGCAGCUUGGGCACGUCAAGUUUCACAUGCAGGUCCACACGGGAGAGAGGCCGUUUCCAAAGGACAAACAUGUGAGGAAGAAGUGGGAAGUGGCUUUGAGGAGAGAUGGAUUUACAGCAAGUGAUUCAUCAGUGCUUUGCUGUAAACACUUCAAGCAGAGUGAUUUUGAUAAGACGGGUCAGAUUGUCCGACUCCGAGAUGGUGUUAUUCCAUCAGUCUUCAGCUUCCCGGUUCACCUCCAAAAAGUGGAGGUCGGCUCCAUUUUGGAGAUCAUGGUGAGCACGACGGUGACAGAAAUGACCAAAGUUCUCGGCGGUUCUGCUUCAACACAGUCAGAAAUCCUGUCAUGUUCGACCGACAACACACACCGGUCCCCGGAGGACAAGGUGAUCCAGUUCAGCGUCUUUAUGACGUCUCUGGCUCAAGAAGCUGUGGAGAAGAUCUGCCAGCUUUUUCUCGAGUGUUCCUCUCUGCAGCAGUUAGAACUGACGCAGGGCGUUGCAGAGGUUGAGGACCUGAGGAGGAGACUGGAGGCAGCAGAGACGCAGCUGAAGAUGGUGCUUGAAGGCACCGGAGGCCUGGAGGAGGCAGAGGAGGAGGCAGAGGAGGAGGCAGAGGAGGAGGCAGAGGAGGGGGCAGAGGAGGAGGCAGAGGAGGAGGCAGAGGGCCGCGACGGAGAGAAAGUGGGCGGCCGAGCAACAACCAGAAGAGGAGGAGUGACUGCGCAUAGCCGGCAAUCAACAAGGAAUAGCUCCAGAGAUGCCGCGUGUGGAGAUGCUGCAGUGAUGAGAUCGCCGAUAGUCCGCCUGUGGAGAAACAGACGUAAUGAGGACUGUGUCCAGCCUGUGGUAAUAAAGCAGGAAGGCCUGGAGGCGCUCGCUGACCAGGCGUCCUCCGACUCGUGUCCGUACAAAGACGAUCCAGGCCGGGACGACGAUGACGACCCAGACUACCAGUUUGAGCCAGAAGAUCCGGAUGACGGCGACCCGGGAUUCACCGCCAGGCCCAAGCGCGCCGCAAAGCCCCCAAAGUCCCGGCGGGGCAGAGCGAAGAGAGAGAGUCCGGGCCCUCUGAGCUGCAAACACUGCCGCAAAACCUUCACCAAGCUGCUGCAGCUCAAGGCCCACCAGGCCGUCCACGGGGCCAACGCCGAGAAGCCCUUCCACUGCUCCCAGUGCGGCAGAGGCUUCUCCUUCCAGCGAAGCCUCAACGCGCACAAGCUGCUUCACACGGGCGAGAGGCCACACACCUGCGAUGUUUGUGGCAAAGGUUUCACGCUGAAACAGCUGCUGAGGAACCACCAGCGGCUCCACGCGGAGGUCCGCCCGUUCGGCUGCGAGCAGUGCGGAAAGAGCUUCUACCGAGCCCACGGGCUGAAGAUGCACCAGAUGGUGCACACCGGAGAGCGGGCCUACAACUGCCAGUACUGCAACAAGAGCUUCACCAUACAGGGAAACCUGCAGCGCCACCUGCGCAUCCACACGGGCGAGAAGCCGUUCCGGUGCGAGACGUGCGGGAAGAGCUUCAACCAGGCGGACACCCUGAAGGGCCACCAGCGGAUCCACACCGGCGAGCGGCCCUUCAGCUGCGACACGUGCGGCAAGCGUUUCAUCCAGAAGAGCGCCCUGAAGACGCACCAGAAGAUGCACUCGGGCGAGAGGAAGGAGCUGGCAUGUGCAGCGUGCGUGGCGUGCGGCGCCGCGGUGGCCUGCGUCAGCUCGUUGCGCAAACACCUGCUGACGCACGUGACAUCCAUCCCGUGCGCGUGUGUCCUCUGUGGCCGGCGGCUCGGCUCCAUCACGGACCUGCGCUCGCACCAGCAGCACCACACGGUGGACCGGCCACACAGCUGCGGGCUGUGUGGGAAGAGCUUCAAGUCGUCCAGCUACCUGAAGAUCCACCUGAAGACGCACAGCGGGGAGAAGCCCUUCUCCUGCCACAUCUGUGGGCGCACGUUCACGCAGAACAGCAGCCUCAAGUCGCAUCAGGUGGUCCACACCGGAGAGAAACCGUUCAGCUGCGACACGUGCGGGAAGUGUUUCAGCAACACGGGGAACCUGAACCGACACCAGCGCAUCCACUCGGGCGAGAAACCCUUCUGCUGCGACACCUGCGGCCGCAGCUUCAACCAGGGCAACAGCCUGAAAGCCCACCAGCAGAUCCACACCGGGGAGAAGCCGUACAUGUGCGACAAGUGCGGGAAGAGCUUCUCCUACCUGAGGAACCUGAAGGACCACAAGUGUUUCUACGUCUGAACCGGUUAGCAUAGGCUUCACCAGGCCGGGAGGGGAAAGUUUGAAAAGUGCUCCUCAAGUCGAGUUGGGCAACGUCACGGACUAAUUAUGCCGGAGGCUUCAGUGACAAUCUAGUUUCCGCUCUGUGACACUCAGGGGAGCUGCUGGAGCAGACAGCGAUGGACGAGGUCCGGGUGCUUCCUGCGAGGGCUUCGUAGAAGUGGACCAACGGCUGGAGUGAAGGAGUCUGUGUGGGUAAUGCGGCGCUCAGAGACCAGAUUCUGGGCUUUAGAUGUUUGCCCUGAAUUAACAACCAUUUAGUUGAUAACGAGACAGGCUUUAAGAGUUGUAGUGGGCAUCGUUAUGUUCGACAUUAAAGGCGCCUACCUGACUUGUGGUGAGCUAAAUGAGUGCGUCUGCUUGGAUAACCAAAGUGCUACUAAAUGACAGGUGACGUUCUGAGCCAAUGCAACAUCUGUGUAGGUGCAGGAAUAAUUCCAUUCACAUGAAUACUUUUUCAGGAGACUUUCUACACAUGUUGUAAUCCAACUGGUAUCUGACUUUGUGACAACUUCUUGGAUCAAUGUGUCAAUGAAAAUGAAUUCAGAUGAGGUGUGAACAAAGCACAAGAAAAUGAACCAUUAAGUAAUUCAAUUACGUGAUGAAUGUUACCAUGCCGUUAACUUGUUUUUGAGCAAUAAGGUCGCUGUUGAUGAUCUGUUUUCCUCCUGAAUUUUGCAGCACUUUGUCAAGUCACUUCUGAUGUGAUCGUUGUUGAUUAUCUGUUUUGUUUUAAUGUAGAAGGGCAACAGAUCAUCAAAACAAAGUGCAGACAAAAUCUCAUAUUGUCAUUGAAUAGCUCAACAGAUCAUUUAAUUUGCCUUCACUUGGUAAAGACAGCCUUAUGGUUCUUCAUCCAAAUGUUUUUUUUAGGCAGAAUCUGCUGUGAGAUGUCAAAGAACUGUAGGUUCAUCAUUUCUGUCGGCUCGUAACUGUUCCAGCGUGUGGCUCAGAAGGCAGGCGGUUGGAUGUGAUGCUCGUUACUACUUAGCCUCAUCAAUUUAUUGUUUCUAAGUUUUUCACGGCCCAUUUAAUUGAAGUUCAUGACUCAGUGACCACUGAGCGAUUUAAAGGUUUACGGCGGUUUCAUUACUUUCCCCAACUUUUACCAAAGGUAUUAUUAACAAACCAGGCACGAUUAAACUAAGCAGUUUCAUCAGUCAAUGAUCUGUGUGUAAAAUCUAUAGUGUGGCUGACUUAUUUUGUUGUAUGCAGCUUUUUUUCAGGAUUUUUGAAAAACACUAAGUUAUAAGACUGGUGUUUGUAAAGGUUUAACCUACCGAUUGAAUAAUCUAAUGAAAUCCAAGUGAGUUGCCUUGUUUGCAUUGGAAGUUCUGAUGAGUUAUUUUGUAUCUGUAACUUCUCUAAAUCUGAUAAACAUUGGAAUGUGAAUUUUUGAGGGUUUUCUUUUAUUGAGUUUUUGGCAAAUUGAUAAUCAAAAACGUUUUUCCCAGUGCUCAUUUAGGAAGUCACUAUCUUGUCCUGGUUGAGGAGUUCAAGGUCAGAGGGCAAAUGCAGAAAGUGCCAACCAGGCAGACACAGGUCUGCUAAGGAUGAGAGCUAGAGACACAACAAGCACUAUUCAACACUCACGCUUUGUCCGUUAUGUUUACAUUUAUGACCACACAUUGUAUGUGAUUGCAUCUAGUAUUGCGGCGGAAAGACCUGCGCAUCCGCCACACCAGUUUAGGGCCAAUAGAAAUCUUUUCUUCUAUAUCGAGCAACAAGUACAAAACUAAUGUUCUUCCUGUUAGUCAGUUGUUCUUCCGGCCUGCGGGCCGACAACUGCUCCUGCCAAACGCAGCGCUGAUAUUUGAUGACAAAUAAAUCUACCAGAAUGA